UUUAUCGAAAGCUUUAAAAAUGAUCGGUGCCUUUGGGCCUGUAGAGACGCUGUGCGCUGUCGGAAUUAUCUUGGCUGGUAUAUGGUACUACCUCGUGGCAAACUACAGCUUCUGGAAAGAGCGUGGAAUUCCAGGCCCUAAACCCGAGAUAAUAUUUGGAAAUACAAAAGACCCGACGUUGGUAAGAGAGAACUUUGGAGUGUCCUUGAAGACAUUAUGUGAUCAAUUCCCUGGUGCUCCAUUGGUAGGCAUAUACGAUCGUCGCACGCCCGUGCUGAUCGUGCGUGACCCUGAACUCGUCAAGGACGUGAUGAUCAAAGACUUUUCCAAAUUUUCGGAGAGAGGUAAUCCUGUACACGAGAAAGUGGAACCACUAGCUGUACAUCUAUUUAAUCUGGAAACCAAAAGAUGGAGAUCCCUUCGUUCCAAGCUAACGCCGGCGUUCACAUCGGGAAAAAUGAAGAAUAUGUUCACCUUGAUCUUGGAGUGUGUUGAGCACUUUGAACAGUACUUAGACAACCUCGCAGCAAAGGGUGAGCCCAUCGAUUGUCGCGAAAUAACUGCCCAGUACACAACGGACGUGAUAGGUAGCUGUGCUUUUGGCCUGCAGAUGAAUGCCAUGGACGAUGAUAACAGCGAAUUCAGAAAAAUGGGGAGAAAAAUUUUCAACAUGGAUACGAAAAUAAGAAUUCUUCGGUUGCUUCGAUUGGCAGCGCCUUGGCUUUACGAGCUAAUCGGGAUUCCGGCUAUGAGUGAUGAUAUUACAAAAUUUUUUACAGCGUCAGUGAAAGAAACGGUUGAUUACCGAAUGAAGAAUAACAUUCAUAGACCCGAUAUCAUCGAGAUAUUGAUAGAUGUAAAAACUAACCCGGAGAAAUUAGAUUUCGAACUGACGGAUGCUUUUAUCGCGUCUCAGGCAUUUGUAUUUUUCGCGGCUGGCUUCGAGACUUCGUCAACUACCAUUAGUCACGCCUUGAUGGAGCUCGCCCAAAACCAUGACAUGCAGGACAGACUGCGACGAGAGAUAACAGAAUCACUCGAAGCUAGUGGUGGAAAAAUCACCUACGAAACUCUGAGGGAGCUAAAGUAUUUGGAUAUGGUUUUCAAAGAAACCCUGAGGCUCAGGCCACCGCUUCCCAUGCUCGUGCGAAAGGCAAUGACAGAUUAUACUUUUAGAGGCACAAACCUUACGAUUCGGGAAGGGCAACUGAUAUGGAUCCCGAUUUGGGAUAUUCAACAGAAUCCUGAACACUAUCCAAAACCAGAAGUCUUCGAUCCCGAACGAUUCACGGAUGAGAUGAUCAAGGCCAGACAUCCCAUGACGUAUCUGCCUUUCGGAGACGGACCCAGAAAUUGCAUCGGUGCGCGGUUCGGUACCUGCCAAACGAAAUUGGGCUUGAUCAAAGUAUUAUCAAAAUUCAAAGUUGAUUUGUGCGAUAAAAUCCAGAUUCCCUACGUACCCAGCCCGGCAUCGUUCCUGUUGGAACCAGUCGGUGGAAUUCACCUUAAAUUUACGAAAAUUGAGUAAAUG